UCACACUCUCUUCAGUCAAAGAACAGAACAGCAAACCUCCUCUGCAAUCAUGUCUGCUUCAUACGCACGUAGUUACAUGUCCUCCUCUGGAGGAUCCAUGGGAGGAGGAUCUCGCUUCUCCAUGUCCGGUGGAGGAGGCGGUGGUGGUGGUGGUGGUCGUGUGUCUAGCAUGCGUGCCGGCAGCAUGUACGGGGGAGCUGGAGGAUCUGGGACACGUAUCUCAAGUGCCUCUGCUUCUCGUUCUUUCUCUGCUGGAGGUGGUGGUGGCUAUGGAGGUGGCGGUGGCUAUGGAGGUGGCGCUGGGUUCGGUGGUGGUGCUGGUGGUGGUGGUGGUUUUGGUGGUGGCUUCAACCUGACUGAUGCCGUUGAUGUGUCUGCAAAUGAGAAAGCCACCAUGCAAAACCUCAAUGACCGUUUGGCCACUUAUCUGGAGAAGGUGCGCACUCUUGAGAAGGCUAAUGCUGAUCUUGAGAUUAAGAUCCGCCAGUUCCUUGAGAGCAAGACGGCCCCCUCUGCUCGUGACUACAGCGCCUAUUACGCUACUAUCAAUGACCUCCAGAACAAAAUCCAGGAUGCCACUCGUGUCAAUGGAGGCAUCUACCUCAGCAUUGACAAUGCCAAGCUGGCUGCAGAUGACUUCAGAGUCAAAUACGAGAAUGAGCUGAGCAUGAGGCAGUCUGUAGAGGCAGACAUUGCUGGGCUGAGAAGGGUGCUGGAUGAGCUGACAAUGGCCAGAUCUGAUCUGGAGAUGCAGAUUGAGGGGCUGAGAGAAGAGCUGAUCUUCCUCAAGAAGAACCACGAGGAGGAACUCUUGGCAAUCCGUGCCCAGAUGAGCGGACAGGUCAAUGUAGAGGUUGACGCAGCGCCACAGGAAGACCUGGCAAAGGUCAUGGCUGAAAUCCGUGAGCACUACGAGGGUGUUGCCGCCAAAAACCGCAGAGAACUCGAUGCCUGGUUCCAGUCCCAGAGUGAACAAAUCAACAAAGAAGUCGUUGCAAGUACAGAAACCCUUCAAACAUCCAGAACUGAAAUCAAUGAGCUUAAACGCACACUCCAGGGUCUUGAAAUCGAACUACAGUCACAACUCAGUAUGAAAGCGUCGUUGGAAGGCACUUUGCAAGAAACACAAUCCCGCUACGGCUCCAUGUUGUCCGGCUAUCAAGCACAAGUGGGCAGCAUGGAAGAGCAGCUGAUGCAACUUCGUGCCGAUCUGGAGCGUCAAGGUCAUGAGUAUAGGAUGCUUCUGGACAUCAAGGCCAGACUGGAGAUGGAGAUUGCAGAGUACAGAAGACUUUUGGAUGGAGAGGCUACUGGAAGCAUUCAAACUGUACAGUCCUCAUCCAAAACCUCAUCUUCAACUACACGCAAAGUGGUAACCAUUGUAGAGGAGGUUAAGGACGGCAAAGUGAUCUCCUCCACCCAGGCAGUGACCGAGAGCAAGUGAGAUCUCAAACAAGAACAACCAGCACAAGAUAAAACAGCCUAAGUUAGAGUGAUGAAAAUCAAUAAACUGGUUUAAAUGUG